AUGGUGCAGCACAAGGAGUUCUCCAAGGCCCAGCAGGUGGGGCUUCACAUCUGGAGGAUUGAGAACAUGGAGCUGGUGGCCGUGCCGGACAGUCUGCAUGGAAGCUUCUACACGGGAGAUGCCUAUGUGAUCCUCAACACGGCCAAACAGAGGGACACAUACUUCUACCAACUGCACUUCUGGCUGGGAAAGGAGUGCAGUCAGGACGAGAGCACGGCGGCGACCAUCUUCACCGUGCAGCUGGACGACCACCUGGGAGGGAAGCCUGCCCUGUACAGAGAGCUGCAGGGCGUGGAGUCCACCGCCUUCACCAGCUACUUCAAAGGAGGCAUCACCUACAAAGUAACAGCCUCUUGA